AUGGAAGAGCACUCUGACCUAUACAAUCUGGUUGAAUUUAUGAAUUUAACUGGUCAACAACAGCCAUCAGGAUUGCCAGAUAUAUCCGAUUCUUUGCUUAAUGAUCAGAUUCUUGGCGACAUUGUCUUUACUGAAGAAGAUCUCGCGCUACAUUCAAUUAUGACUAACAAUGAUGACAUAAGCAAUGCUCUUAUUGAUGCACAAAUAGAUCAGUUUCCUAUUUACGACUUGAUUAUCACUGAUAUACCGGCAUCACCAUGUGAAAAUGAUGAUAUAACUAAAUUAAUAUCAUCACCAUUUGAAGAAGUGCCACGACAAAGUAUAAUUGAAGAUACUAUGGAAAGAAUGACUUUAAUUCAAUCACAAACAGAUAUUUUAUCAUCACCAAGUUCUGUUCAGAUUGGAAGUUCACCAGUUGAACACAAAGAAAUCGACAAUUCAAUUCUUGCAUCAAAAUAUGUUCAGCAACAGCACCGCAUAUAUAAAAAUGCAUCAAAAGCUAAAAAGAGUUCCAAGCAUCAACAACCUUCGUCGAAUGUUGGUCCCAUUGAUAUUCUUUCAACUUAUGGUGGAUGUCAACCAUGCACUACAGAACGAAUGUAUAGCGAUUUUGAAUAUCAACAACAAAUUCUUCAAUUCGAUUCAAAGGAAUCGAAAACAAUUCAAUUUAAAUGUCAACCACGUUCAAAAUUCCGUCCACGCACACAGAAUGAAUGUAAAGCUGCAUCACAUUACAUUCGAUGUGAAUUGAAUAAUGAGCAUGAAUAUCCAACAAUUUAUAUACCUCACACAUGGGCACUUCAAUCAGUUAAAAAUUUAAUUGAAGUUGCUCUUGUUGGAAUAGAUGGACAACCACAUCCAUAUACAAUUGAUAAUAAAACUUGUAGUACUACAUUCGAUGAUAAUACAUUGAUCUUCAGACAAAAUGAAUGUAAUACAUUAUAUUUUUGUUUAACCAGUGAAGAUUUUAAGAAUGGAUAUAAAACUUUUAUGAUUGAAUUUAUCAAAAGUAAACAAGAUGAUAUUAUAACAAAAGAUUUAAUUAAAACACGACAACUCGACCAAUCAAUGCUUCGUUUUACACGGAUAUAUCAAGAUGAAAAAGAUACAUAUAAACGAGAUGAAAAUAGUACCGCAUAUUCUUGUGUAAUGAGUGAAGCUUAUGGUGAUGUUUGUGUUGAACAUAUGGGUCCAACAUAUGGACCGAUGUGUGGCAAUGAAAGAGUAUAUACUCUUCUUAAAGGUCGUAUUCUUAAAGAUGAUAUAACUGUAUUUCUAACGGAAACUCAAACUGGUUGGCAUCAACAAUUGCCGUUUAUCAAAAAUGGAAAUCUUGUUUAUUUUUCAAUGCCUUCUUAUCCAUUUCCACGAAGUGAACAAGCUAUAGCAAAUAUUACUAUAUUUUACAAGGGAGAAGAGCUUUAUCAAUCAUCUUAUUUAUAUAAAGGAUCAUUAGAUCAAGCAUUAGCUCAACUUAAUAUAAAUGAUUCAACUUCAUCUGAUAAUGAUUCAUCGGCAUCCGAUGCUUUUAAUUUCUUUUCAGCUACCGGUGCAUGCCCAGUUCGAGCUUCAUCUAGAAAACUCUCAACAGCAAAAUCUACGAAACGUUUAAAAAAUAAAUAG